AUGACAGAACGCAGAACAGCCCAUGGGCCUGGGCCUGAUACCAAGGGUGGCGGCUUUAGAGGCGGACCAAAGCGGUGGACCGGCGGUGGGCCUGCGCCCGCAAGACACAUACCAUGGCCGGAGAUCUUUAAGCACCACAUCUCCGUUGUCGAAGGCCAUCUGAAGAUGAUUGACAUGGUCCGGAAGCACACCGUCGAAGGAUCGGGCAAUUACCGCACGAUCAUGGGCUGUGUGGAUCGAGCGAAGGAGAUGCUACAAGUCUCGAAGCAGAUCUCGAGAACGUUUGUCCCACCAUCGAACCAUCGUGAGCAAGUGCCAUUGGGAUCUUCUUCCGCCUCUAUGUAUCCCGGAUACUCGCCCGCGGAUCAUGAGUAUGGAAAAGCGGCCGAGGAGUAUGGCAAAGCUGCUGCGGAAGCCAGAGCUGAGGGUAUAGAGCUGAAGCACCCAGAUGCCGAAUACGUAAUUGGUCAGGCUAAAGGCGUUAAGAGAAGAACAUUGGCGGGCAUCCGGGAAGCGCAGGCUGCUAAGGGUAAGGCAAGUGGCAGUGGCAGUGGAAGUGGUAGGGGCUCAGGAUCUGAGGGCCCUAUGAAGCAGGAACCCAGAAAGUCGGCUACCGCGAACGGGAAAGCGAGUACUGAGAAGGUUCAAGAAGCCACUCUGGAAGGCGAUAAUCCAUAUUUCAUCAUCGACACCAAGCCUACGCCUGUCUACAUACCAGGAAUGUCCCUCCAAUCUCUCAAACGAAGCGCCUGUCCUCCAGAAGCUCUCGAAGCUAAGAAGCAUAAGAAAGCAAAGAACAGGCAUGACGGCGACCUACCUAGAGGCGAAGACACGCAGGAGGCCAAGACCGAAGACAUAUCUGACCAGGUGGAUGCGCGGAUGAAGGAGAAGGAGAGAAAGCGGAAGAUGAAAGAGGAGAAGAAGCGCAAGCGGGAAUCAGAAGACGAGCCUGCCGUAGGGUCUGAGGAUUUUCAGCCCGCUGUCGAAGCUUCUGCCAGCGCCGCAGAGGCGGAGAGCCCUAAGAAGAAGAAGGCUAAGCAGACUGAGGAAGAGGCGCUACCAGAUCGGACUGCGUCGAAGAAGCGACUUGGCGAGGACAAGGGGGAAGCAGAGGAUGGCGAGGGCAAGAAGAAGAAAAAGCGAAAGAAGAGUAAGGAUUCGGCAACAGCUAGUGAUGGAUAA